AUGUUACUUGAUUUCAACAAAUUGACAAACAAAAUACAGUCAAACGAGAAGACUGAUAAGACCGUAGUGGUUGAAUUCUACUCCAAGGUUGAUGCUGAAAUGGUUCUACUCGGCAAUGAAUCGCGACUACCAGGCGAAUUCAGGGCAUUUGGAAAGUCAGGUGAAAAAUUUGAGAAAACAGAAGGUAGCCAGACGACGCUGUACUUCUGUCUAGGUGAAUUGGACAAGGAAGAAUCCAAGGCUUGGGGAGUUCAGAAGGCAAUGGGCACACUCUACGAGCACAUUUCGACUUACAACAAUUGCAGCCGAAUCAGGUUCGUUGCGUUUGAUCAUGUUCAUUCUGCCUAUUUUGGAUUCAUCAUCGCAUCGUACAAAUACGAUUUCCUAUUGAAACCAAAGGAGGAUGAGACCAAAAUCAGCCUCCAUCUCGAGGUUCCAAAGGAAUUUGAAGAAAUUGCAGAAGUCGCCAGGGCCCAGAACAUUGCGAGAUUCCUAGGAGACACGCCUUCCAAUUUGUGUACUCCAACGACAUUUUGCGAAUAUGCAGCCCAGAUAUUCGAUGGUGUUGAGAAUGUGGAGCUGAAUGUGCUUGAAGAGGAGCAAUGCAGGGAAUUGGGGAUGAAUGUGAUGCUUUCAGUUGGAAAUGGAUCAGCAGAGCGAUCAAAGUUGCUGACAAUAAAGUACACUGGUAAUUCAAAUGUGAACAACCACAAGGUUGCCAUGGUUGGAAAAGGUGUCGUAUUUGACACAGGUGGAAUCAGCCUAAAACCAUCAUUGAACAUGCACGAAAUGAAGUACGAUAUGAUGGGAGCAUCAACACUUUUGAUGUCUUUCUAUUUGGCAGCACUUCAGAAAUUGCCAAUUAAUGCAACCUGUACAAUUCCACUGGUGGAGAAUAUGCCUGGAUCAAAGGCAACAAACCCAGGUGACAUUUUUAAGGCAAUGAAUGGGAAAAGUGUCGAGGUUGGAAACACAGACGCAGAAGGCCGUCUCAUUUUGGGUGAUGCAAUGUGCUAUGCCCAGUUAAAGUACGGUUUGAAGCCAGAAUUCCUUCUGGAUGCAGCGACGUUGACUGGUGCAAUGGUAGUGGCACUGGGAAGCGUGUAUUCUGGAUACAUGACGAAUUCAGAUGAAUUACAUGAGAAGAUUAGCACGGCAGCAAAUUUGAGCGAUGAGAUGCUGUGGAGACUACCGAUGUCGAAGUAUUACGCAGAUCAGUUGAAAUCAAAUGUGGCCGAUUUCAACAACAUAGGCGACAGAACGGCUGGGUCGAUUGUGGCUGGUGAAUUCCUGAAGCAUUUUGUUGAAAAUGAUGUCAAAUGGGGACAUUUUGACAUUGCUGGGCUGAUGUGCAAUGGAGUUCUAAAGGAAAUCUAUGGGAAGGGAGCAACCGCAAGGCCACUCCAUACAUUCUAUGAGUUGCUUAAGGUGCUUAGUAGGAAUGAGUAA